GUAUUUUUACGUAGAGCGGAACGUGGAAAGCGUCAACGGUGCGGAGUCAUGAAACUGUUUGUAAACAAUUCAUACAGAAGGUACGGCAAACUGAAGUUGAAAUUAUUACUACAGAUCUCCUUCUCCCUGGGUGUAAAGGAUGUUUUCCUGUCUUUUGGAAGUCAUCAGAAUGACAAGUCUGAUACUACCAAUGCUAAAUUAUUUGAAGAUAAAUAUAUAGUUAUCCAACAUCCUUUUUCUCCAUACAACAUAUUUGUUGAAUACUGAAUUCAACAGCCAUUUGGAAGCCACCACAAUUAUCAGACCAACAUGCCUUGGCCAUUUUCUGAAUCUUUAAAGAAGCGGGCAUGCAGAUACCUUUUGCAUCGGUAUUUGGGCAAUUUCCUACAAGAGAAGCUGAGCUUAGAUCAGCUUAGCUUAGACCUCUAUCAAGGCACUGGAUCACUGGCACAAGUGCCGUUGGACAAGUGGUCUUUAAAUGAGAUCCUUGAGUCAGUGGAUGCCCCCUUCGAGGUAAUAGAGGGCUUCAUCCAGACCAUCUCUCUGACCGUACCAUGGGCGUCCCUGCUGCAGGAGAACUGUGCCCUGGAGGUCAAGGGGUUGGAGAUGGUGUUCAGACCCAUACCACGUAUGGCCUCAGGUAUGGAACCCAUGUAUUGGUCCAGCUUCAUGACGAGUAGCAUGCAGCUUGCCAAAGAGUGUCUGAGCCAGAGACUAACAGAUGACUUGGGGGAGAGCUUCCAGCCAUUGGAGGGAUUGGAGAAGUUUGCAGAGACCAUAGAGACGGUUCUGAGAAGGGUCAAGGUGACUUUUUUGGACACUGUUCUCAGAAUCGAACAUUUUACGGAAAAUUCCAAAACAGGAAUCGCUCUUGAGUUGCGCAUCAACAAGAUUGUUUACUGUGAUGAGACUGGUGAGGAGAGCUCCAGCGUAAAUGUGCACCAACCCACCACAUUUGCACAUAAAAACUUGCAGCUGGAGGGAGUCACCGUCUUCUGGGACGAGUUCUCAGAGGCGGCCAGAGCCGGCUUCAAGUCCUCACCCACCCCAACAGAGACAGAGGCCAAGCUAUCCCCCAGCUGGAACCCUAGAAUCAUCUGUGAGCCACACCCCCAGUUCACAGAGCCUGUUUCCUCAGCAACACUCUUUGAACCCAUGCAGAUUGGUCACCUUAGCGGCAGAAUUGAACUGUCCCUUGUCCUGAAACAGAAUCAAACCAUGCCUGGAGCAAAGUUGGAUGUUGAUGGACAGAUUAGCACAAUGAUCGUGCUGCUAUCUCCACGGCACGUUCACCUACUCUUGGACAUGUUUGGAGUUUUUUCAGGCUCAGGUUGGUUUAAUUAUGCUGGGCCGGAGUGGGGGAAGGACAAGAGGAACCGUCCCAUGCAGCAUGAGGAUGAGUAUCGGCUCCAUAUGGAGCUAAACCGCUGCCUGAAGAAGGAGUCCGACCCUGACCUCUUCGUGAGCCAGACCACCAGAACUGUGUCCAGCCGAGAGGAUGUCUUCUUCUCCAUGGCUGACAUGGACAUGUCUCAUAGCCUGUCAUCCCUCCCUCCCCUGGGGGAACCGCCCACUGUGGAUCUGUCACUCAACAGUAACUACUCCCCCUCCCUAGGAGAGUCUACUGGCAAUACCACGAUCCUCUGGGACGAUUACCUGGAUGUGCCCAGACAGAGGGAGAAGCAGUCCCAGGAAAGCCCAUUCCUGACACGGGACUCACAACUCCAACACAAACUGCUGAGACAGACCUCCCACCCAACCAAAGCCCACAGUGAUGAGUCCAGGCCAGAGCUGGUCUUCAGGCUGACACUGGGGAACCUAGCUGUGUGUGUUCUCCACAUUGACCCCCUGCCCCUGCCGGAUGCUGCCCCCAGCCCCCUGACCCCCAUGGCUGCUGACUUCUUUAGGAUGGUCUGCUCUCACCAGCUCCCCGCAGAUGGAUUCAUCCAGUUUAGGGCAGCUUUUGAUGAAGCCUGCCCCUACGACCACCUCAGGUGUGUGGCUCAGGGGAUGAAGGUGACCUAUGAGCACUGUCAGAGCUCCAGCCUGCGCACCUUCAGCACAGACAUGUCUCUCCGUCAUAUGGAGCUGCUGGAGUGUCUCUUCCCCUCUGAGUCUCAAAGCGGUGCGUCUCCGAGAGGAGUCCAGUACACAGAGCUCCUGACAUUUGACACCCCUGUCACCGCUGAGGCACCAUCUGCCACCUGCCUCCACCUGCACUACAAACUGUCUGAACGCAGAGGGCCGCAGGGUGGACAGGUGCGUCUGAGUACCAUACCCAGGAAGGCUGACUUUCAGGUGGAGUUGGGGGCGGUCCGCUCUGAAGUGGAUAUCAGCAUCGUGGACCGCCUCAACUCUCUGCUGCAGCCACAGAAACUGGUCACCACGGAGAUGAUGGCUUCUCAUAUGUACACCUCCUAUAAUAAACACAUCAGCUUGCACAAGGCCUUUACAGAGGUCUUCCUUGAUGACAGCCGUACUCCGGCCAACACCCACUUAUUGAUAACAGUCAACGCCCCUGUGUUGAGCCUGGUGGUGCGCUUCCCUAUCCCAGACCUGCGCUCGGACCAGGAGAGGGGCCCCUGGUUUAAGAAGUCCCUGCAGAAGGAGGUUCUGUACCUGGAGCUGGAGGACCUGGAGGUGAAGACAGAGUUCACAGGGGGAAGCUCCCCUGAGCAGACCAAGAUGGAGCUCACCUUCAGGGAGCUAGUCGGGAAGUUUCAGGAAAAGGAGGACCAGCCUGCAGGCAGGUUCCUCAGGGUCUCCCACACUAUGGAUGGAAACAUGACCAUCUCUGACAGUGGGAAGUUUGACUGGCCCAGAGUGGUGCUGAAAGUCAACCCCACCGCUGUCCACUCCAUCCUGGAGCAUGUGACUGCUGAGGAGGACGAGGGGGCUGAAGACCAAUCCCCAGGUGAGGAAGAGGAGGUGGGAGGGGGAGCCCACUCACUGAAGGAUGUCUGUGACUUUGGGAAGGCUGAACCCUCCCCCUUUUCCUCACGCCGGGUCAUGUAUGAGAAUGAGGAGAUGGUCAUUCCUGGUGAUGUGGCUGAGAUGACAGAGUUCCAAGAGAAAACCAUGAGCAAUUCCCGCUUCAUCCUAGAGCUGUGCUUGCCAAAUGUGCAAUUAUCAUUACCCAACAAGGCCUUUUAUGAGAAACUGCACAACAGGAUAAACAAUGACCUGCUGUUAUGGGAGCCCAACGCUCCCUUGCCUGUGGAGACAGUGGAGAACAUUCCGUAUGGAGUAGGGCUGUCUGUAGCCAGCCAGCUGAUCAACACUGCACACUACACCAAAGACAGCUUCAGCACAUUCUGCUCCACUGGCCCUGAGGAGGAGGACAGUGGAUCGGAGGAGGAGACCAUGCACUACUACUCCCCUGCCUCUGAGCAGUGCUUCAGAUCUCGCAGGAAGAAGAAGCCCAAGGCCCAGAGCAAGACCUCCCAGAGCCUGUUCUCUGUAAUCCUCACUGUCAACCUUGGCCUAGUGUCCCUGCAGACCAAUGCAAAGCAGCAGGAUGGGACAGUUUUGAAUAACCAACAUGGAGAGUUCUGGUUGGAGGUGAAGAAUGGUGUCCUGUUCAGUGUGACACAGUAUGAAGGCUACAAAGACCAGCACUACAUCUGCUUCCACAACAGUAACAUUUGUCUCUAUCACCAAGGUAUGGUGGAGGGAGACACCCCAGUGUCCGACAUCAAGCUGCCCUGCAGGACGCGUCCUCAUUGGCUGGAGCCGGCCAUCUACCUCUCUGAGGCAGCUCCUGAUAGGCCGUCCCCCUCGGAGGGCAUCGGCCUGGAUGACCACAGCAUGCUGUCUGUCGCCGUCAAGAUCUCCUCCCAGAACAUGGAGCGCAAUGUCAAGGAGUUCCUGAUUGCAGUGGGAAUGAAAGGGGCCACACUCCAGCACCGAGUGGUUCCCCUCAAACUGGGCUGGUAUGACCAGAUCGUAGACUUCCUGAAUGUGUCUGAUGAGCCUGUGUUGGGUUACAACCCCCCUGCCUCAGUCACCACCCUUCAUCUCCACCUGUGGAGCUGCUCACUAGACUACAGACCCCUGUAUCUACCACUGAGGUCUCUGAUGGUAGUGGAGACAUUCAGCAUCUCCAGCAGUGUGUCCUUAGACCACUCAUCCUCCUCUCUCAGGAUUAUUUUGGAUGAAGCAGCUUUGUUCCUCUCUGACAAGGGCAAUGCCGUCUCUGUAAAUCUAUUGCGAGACUAUGUGCAGGUGGUAGACAUGGGAACAUUAGAGCUGAGGAUCACUGCGGUCAAACCUGGAGUGGACAGAGAAUUGACUGAGCCCAGAUUUGAGCUGCGCUGUUCCAGUGAUGUCAUCCACAUCAGAACGUGUUCAGACUCCUGUGCUGCUCUGAUGAACCUCAUCCAGUACGUGGCCAGCUAUGGAGACCUACUGCCCCCUCCUGGGCCGGAGGCCAAGAGCACCAGCUCCAAGCAGAGCGCAAAGGUCAGCUUUUAUACCCCUCAGCCGGAGGCUCCAAGCCGGCCCCCUUCCCAGGCUCCUCUUCUCCCUGAGGCUGAGCAGCAGAUGCUGCAGGACCUGAUGAGUGAGGCCAUGGAGGAGGCAGACAGUCAGCACAUCCUGGCACUGCAGCGCAACGGAAUACACGAGGAGCAGAAUCAGGACCUCGACCUGCCUCGCUCUGACCUCUUCCUUUUCCCAGACGAGAGUGGGAAUCUGCCACAGGAGCCGAGCCCCACAUACCUCACCCUCCGCUCCCCCCUCAUCACCGCUGCCCCUAACCUGGCCUCAGAGAACGACGACUUCUGUAUUCUAGAGACCCCGGGCUCCAGAACAGACGUAAGAGAUCGGGAUGAGGAGCCAGUGGUGAAUAAGUUGAUCCCAGACUCCAUUGAGAUCAAAGACAACCACUUUGGCCAGCCCCUGGACAGCAGCGACUCCAGCAGGGGAGCCCUGAACUUCCCUGUCCCAGAGGUGCGCUACCUCAUCAGGGAGAUCUCUGUCAUCUGGCACCUCUACGGAGGGAAGGACUUUGGGAGCGCCACAUUCACCUCCUCUCCUGCUAGAAGUCGGGGGUGUACCCCACACAGCUCCCCCUCCCAGACCCCAGUCAGACAGAGCAGGGGUGGAGGAUGGGCCGGAGGAGGGCGGGGCAGGAACCUUGACGUCCUGAUGGAGAUCCAGCUCAGCAAGGUGAGGUUCCAGCAUGAAGUCUACCCCCAGGCCCCAAUGGCCUCUGGGUCGGCGGCGGACCAGCCUAAGUCCCGGCAGGUGUUCAUCGUCCAGGACCUGGAGAUCAGAGACAGACUGGCCUCCUCCCAUAUGAACAAGUUCCUGUACCUCUACUCCAGCAAGGAGAUGCCCCGCACUGCCCACUCCAACAUGCUAACAGUUCGGGCUCUGCACAUGUGUGCAGAGACAGGUCAAGCACCCCUGGAAUGCUGUCUGCGAGUCUCACUCAUGCCCCUUCGUCUCAACAUCGAUCAGGAUGCAUUGUUUUUCUUGAAAGACUUCUUUUCCAACCUUGCUGCUGAAGUUGAAAUAUUUUCUCCACCUGAUCAAGAAGCCCUGUGUGUUUCAAUGAAGAAGCCAUCUGCCCCAGAGGUGUCCUGCAGCUUCACUAAGCAUGGAGGUGGGAGCCAGGACCCUGGCCCCAUCAUCUCUGUGCCUGCCCAGAGCCGCUCCAGCUGCAGCAUCAACGGCCUCACCUUAUCCAGUAACAGCGACACUGGGGAGGCUGAGGCUGCCACUGCAUCAUCCUUCACUGACCAGCCCAUCUUCUUCAGAGAGUUUUGGUUUACCUCUGAAGUUCCUAUUCGUCUGGAUUACCAUGGAAAACACGUUUCAAUGGAGCAAGGAACGUUUGCUGGGAUUGUGAUUGGGUUGACACAGCUGAAUUGCUCUGAGCUGAAACUAAGGCGAUUAUGCUACAGACAAGGACUGUUGGGAGUGGAUAAGCUAUUUUCCUAUGCAAUAAAUGAAUGGCUGAACGACAUCAAGAAGAACCAGCUGCCAGGACUGUUGGGUGGAGUGGGACCGAUCCACUCGCUGGUACAGUUGGUCCAGGGAUUUAGGGACCUGGUGUGGCUCCCGAUAGAGCAGUACCGGAAGGAUGGUCGGGUUGUACGGGGAUUGCAGCGUGGUACUGCCUCCUUUGGAACCUCCACAGCUAUGGCUGCUCUGGAACUUACCAACCGCAUGGUGCGGACUAUCCAAGCAGCAGCAGAAACGGCCUAUGACAUGGUAUCUACAGGAUCCGAUGAGAGGGAGACAAAGAGAAUAAAACGGUUCUCUCAUUACAGAUUGUCUCAUCAGCCAGUUGAUCUCCGGGAAGGUGUAGCCAAUGCUUACAGUGUUGUAAAAGAGGGAAUCACGGACACUGCUCUGACCAUCUAUGACACGGCCACGCGUGAGCACGAGCAGCGUGGGAUGACCGGGGCAGUGGGUGGGGUCGUUCGACAGCUCCCCCCAUCUGUGGUCAAGCCUCUCAUCAUGGCCACCGAGGCUACCUCCAACGUGCUGGGGGGCAUGAGGAACCAGAUUCACCCAGACGCACGCCAGGAAGAAUCCCAGAAAUGGCGGCAAGGGGAGGAGUGAUGGCCGACCGCUUUCCAAUGACUGAACUGAUGGUUGUUCAGAAUCAGAGGGAAGUGUAUUUUCCCUCAAAGAAAACACUCCCUCAACUGUUGCAAGGCCUGAUGAGUAUUACAAGCUGGAAGGAUCUGGCUCUGCAGAUGUAAUUACUUUUUGAGGUAAAAUGGAGUGUCGCUGAAAAGUCAGCACCGGUGUAAAUGAAACACAAUUAGACUUGUGGCGGUUGGACUAGUGUGAAUCAGCUUGUGUUACCUUUUAUAUCACAUUUUCUCUUGCAGUGCCUUCAUGGUAAUAUUAUGCUGUUGUACUACCAUAUGUUAGACAGAGGGACUUGGAAGAGCAGCUAGUGUGCAGAGUCAGAGGUCACUGUGCCAUACUGUAGAUCAUAAUUGAUCACCUUGGCUAUAGGAUUGCUAUAGGAUAGGACUGGCUUGUUUUGAAUGUUGAGAAUCUUUCCAUAAUGGUAACAGUAGUGCAUCAUAUCCUAACAUGGGACAGAGAUGAGGAGUGGUGUCAGAAAGAGAUGAGUACAGCACGUCUGUAGUUUGUCAUAUUCAAUAUUCGCUUAUCCUAAUUUGUGUCAAAUAACACUAAUAUCUCAACGAGAUGCUGUAAGCUGUGUACCAUGUAUAUGUGUGGGCUUUAUAACUAACUAUUCUAUGUAACAUUUCUUGCAGACAGCAUCCUAAAAGACAUUCUCAGCAUUGUGUAGUGUGUUGUAUAGAUCAGCAUUGUCAAUUACAACUGAUGUUGUAACUGUGACCAGUAAAAUGGGGGUGCUAGAUGUUUUUCUGAUUAUGGCUGUUUAGUGACUCUGAAAUACAUUAUAAGAGCAUUGCAGGCUACAGUCUUGUGGUACAAUUGUCUAUGUAGCAUUUUUUUUUUGUGGUCAUGUUUAAAUUGACAUUUUAUAAAUAUGAAAUUGAGAAGCAGUCUGUGUCCAUCUAGAUUACACAUUUCACUUAAAUGUCACUAUACUUUUCCCUAAAUCCGCUUGUGCUGUCUGGUACUUAGUUUUGUGCUGUCUGCUACUUAGUCUUGUGCUGUCUGCCACUUAGUCUUAAAUAUCAUGCCCAUGUUUGCAAUAUUGUUUGUAGGCAUCUAUGCUUAUUUUGGAGAUGGCUGAUAUGAUAAUUGUGAUGCAGCCUUUAAAUAUGCUCUACAUCCCUGAGUUGUUUUGGACAACGGUUCAAUACAAAAAUGUAAAUAACUGUUAAUGUAAUGGGAAUUGUAAUGUAUGUGAUAAGAUAAUAUUGUUUAUUGUACAGUUGAUCUUCACAAGUUGUAUUAAAAUCAUAUAUUCUUUAAAAGGGAAAUAAACUAUUUAAUGUCCACUGAAA